AGUGCCCUUGACAGGCAGGGAGGGCUGGGCUGUGUAUCCCUCUGCUCGCACUGCAGGGAAAUGUCUCAGUGACUUUUCCUGAGGAGGUUCCUGGUCUCAGUCGUCUCCAGGAAGCCCUCUCAGGAUCGGUGGCCACCUCUCACUUACGGAGUCCUGCAGACCCCACAAUGCAGUCCUGGUGGCCUGGCUGUAACACUCAACUCAGAUCGAUUAAUAUACACCACCAGGAUCUCCUCGAUGACUGUUAAUAUCCAGGAUGGACAUGACUUUCAAGACCAGUUGGUCAACAGUGAGACGCCCAUGGUUGUGGAUUUCCACACACAGUGGUGUGGACGCUGCAAGAUACUGGGGCCAAGGUUAGAGAAGAUGGUGGCCAAGCAGCAUAGGAAAGUACUUAUGGCCAAGGUGGAUAUUGAUGACCACACAGACCUCACCACUGAGUAUGAGGUGUUGGCGGUGCCCACUGUGCUGGCCAUGAAGAAUGGGGAUGUGGUGGACAAGUUUGUGGGCAUCAAAGAUGAGGAUCAGCUGGAGGCCUGCCUGAAGAAGCUGAUGGGCUGACAAGCAAGGACGAGUCCUGGUUCCCUUGCCCCCGUGUAACACCAAUAGAACUCUUCCUGCCACCUCUCUCCUG